AUGCCGUUGCGACCAUUGCAGCAUUGCACGCUUAUUGUCUUCUCUAUUAUGGCAGGAGUCAUAUCUGAUGAUGCAAGCGAAGAAGAUCAAGAACGACGUCAUCGGACUGACCGAGACGUGACGACGUCACCCUCUCAACCCGUAUAUGAAAGUGGAGAAGAACUUUUCCUAGGAACAUGCGACAGUAGAGGCGUUGGUGGAGUUGGCGUCCUCAUCAACACGAGUAUGGCAAAGAACAUCGACUCUUUCGAACAACUUACGACCCGAAUCGGACGUCUGCGGAUGAGAAGAUGUGGUCCAACGCCAGCUUUGACUAUCUUCGUCGCUUACGCUCCAACAUCAAGCUACGAAGAAGAAAAAGUCGAAGCUUCCUACAUGGACCUGGAGAAGUUCUACCGAGAAGAUCAUGCCUUUUCCAAGGUCAUAAUUGGCGAUUUCAACUCCAAAAUUGGCCCAAGAAGAACGCCGGAGGAACUUCACAUCGGGAUCCACGGCCUACCAUGGAACGACCAGGGGGAGAGGCUCUCCGAGUUCAUCAUGACGACUAAGACCAUCCAUGGGAACUCGUAA